GUCUCUAGUCACAAGAAAAUCAAAUCAAAUAAAACUCUCUCUCUCUCGCUCUAAGCAAUUUCCAAAACCCUAGGGAAACUCUCUAAGAUCCAACCCACAGCCAUGGCUGACGAGCCUUCGGUGGCGCCACCGCAACCGACUCCACCUUCCUCCUCCAAUUCGCCUCUCGGAAACUCUGUGAUCCCCAUAGUCAACAAGCUCCAGGACAUCUUCGCCCAGCUCGGCUCCCAAUCUACCAUCGAGCUUCCUCAGGUCGCCGUCGUCGGUAGCCAGAGUAGCGGCAAGUCCAGUGUCCUCGAGGCCCUCGUCGGCCGCGACUUCUUGCCACGUGGCAACGAAAUCUGCACGCGCCGCCCCCUCGUGCUCCAGCUCUUGCAGACUAAGCCCAACGCCGCCGCCGCCGGGUCCGAUGAAGAGUACGGCGAGUUCCUCCACGUCCCUGGCAAGCGCUUCUACGACUUCUCCGACAUUAGAAGAGAAAUUCAGGCUGAGACUGAGAGGGAAGCAGGUGGAAACAAAGGUGUCACAGACAAGCAGAUUCGUUUGAAGAUUUUCUCUCCAAAUGUUCUUGAUAUAACACUGGUAGAUCUACCUGGCAUUACAAAGGUUCCUGUUGGUGAUCAGCCCUCUGAUAUUGAAGCACGAAUUAGGACAAUGAUCAUGUCUUACAUCAAAAUUCCAAGUUGUUUGAUUCUAGCUGUCACAGCAGCGAAUUCGGAUUUAGCAAAUUCAGAUGCUCUUCAGAUUGCAGGGAAUGCUGAUCCUGAUGGUCUCCGAACCAUAGGAGUAGUCACUAAGCUGGAUAUUAUGGACAGAGGUACUGAUGCCCGUAAUCUUUUGCUCGGAAAAAUUAUUCCUCUACGACUAGGCUACAUAGGUGUUGUGAAUCGUAGUCAGGAGGAUAUUAUGUUGAACCGGAGCAUCAAGGAUGCACUAAUAGCUGAGGAAAAGUUUUUCCGCAGUCGCCCAGUAUAUAAUGGUCUUGCUGAUCGCUGCGGCAUCCCUCAGUUGGCAAAGAAGUUGAACCAGAUUCUAGUGCAACAUAUCAAGGCAGUGCUCCCUGGUCUGAAAUCACGCAUAAGCUCCGCACUAGUUUCUGUUGCCAAGGAACAUGCCAGUUAUGGGGAAAUCACAGAAUCAAAGGCUGGUCAGGGAGCUCUUCUCCUCAACAUUCUUUCAAAGUAUUCUGAAGCAUUUUCUUCCAUGGUCGAGGGUAAAAAUGAAGAAAUGUCGACAACUGAGCUGUCUGGCGGAGCACGAAUUCACUAUAUCUUCCAGAACAUCUUUGUGAAAAGUUUAGAGGAGGUGGAUCCCUGUGAGGACCUAACAGAUGAUGACAUUAGAACUGCCAUUCAAAAUGCAACAGGCCCAAAAUCUGCAUUAUUUGUACCAGAAGUGCCCUUUGAAAAUCUUGUAAGGAGGCAAAUAGCUCGUUUGUUAGAUCCCAGCCUUCAAUGUGCCAGAUUCAUAUAUGAUGAGCUAAUGAAGAUUAGCCAUCGGUGCCUUGUAAAUGAAUUGCAGCGAUUCCCUGUUUUGAGAAAGCGGAUGGAUGAAGUUAUAGGGAACUUUUUACGUGAAGGCCUUGAACCCUCUGAAACAAUGAUUGGACAUAUUAUUGAGAUGGAGAUGGACUACAUAAAUACUUCUCAUGCUAAUUUUAUUGGUGGAAGUAAGGCUGUUGAGAGUGCGUUGCAACAGGUGAAGUCCUCUCGAAUUCCUCUGCCCCUUGCCAGGCAAAAGGAUGGUAUAGACUCUGACAAGGCCCCAGCAUCUGAAAGAAGUUUAAAAUCUAGAGCAAUUCUUGGCAGACAAGUGAAUGGAAUUUUGCCUGACCAGGGUGUUCGUCCUGUGGCAGAUGGUGAAAAAGUUCCACCUGCUGGGGGGCCAAGUGUAUCAAAUUGGGGAAUUUCAUCUAUUUUUGGAGGGAGUGAUAACCGUACGCCUGCUAAAGAAACCUUAAUUAACAAGCCAUAUACUGAACCUAUCAACCACAUGGAACAAGCCAUCUCUAUGAUCCAAUUAAGAGAGCCCCCAACUGUCUUGAAGCCCACAGAAAGCCACUCGGAGCAGGAGUCGAUUGAAAUUGCGGUUACAAAACUUCUGUUGAGAUCAUACUAUGACAUUGUUAGGAAGAACAUAGAGGAUUCUGUACCAAAAGCAAUUAUGCACUUCUUGGUCAAUCAUACUAAACGCGAGCUGCACAAUGUCUUCAUUAAGAAGCUUUACAGAGAAAACUUGUUUGAAGAGAUGCUGCAGGAACCUGAUGAAGUAUCAAUGAAGAGAAAGCGUACCCGGGAGACCCUCCGAGUCCUGCAACAGGCUUUCCGGACUUUGGAUGAACUGCCUUUGGAAGCCGAAACAGUUGAGAAAGGUUACAGUAUGGGUGCUGCUGAUACGACAGGGUUGCCAAAGAUCCAUGGAUUGCAUACAUCGUCGAUGUACUCCACAGGCAGUCCCAAUGACUCUUACUCUUCGCCUAAGAACCCAAGGUCCAGAAAGUCAUCGCACUCGGGAGAACUCAACUCACCAUUUUAUGCGAAUGCGGAUUCCAAUGGAAGUGGGCGAAUGUACAUGCCUGGUCUAUAUCCAUCUGUUGAUCUAUAAUCCGGUCAAGUAGUGCUCCAAAUCUUUCAAAUAGUGCCGAAGCGUUAUAUUCAUUUUUAUUGCUCUGUCCAACUGAAGGGAUAGGUUUUUUCCCAUCUGCAGCCCUGCUUGUUGCAAGUGGUUUGUGCAAGUCGGGUAUCCGGGCAUUGCUUUUUGCAGUGCAUAUUUUUUCAUUGCCCUUAUCAUAGCAUAGGUUCACAAGUGUUUCUUUUACGGGGAUCCAAGAAUAAUAUCGAGAUGGACCAUUCUCUUAUACCCCUCUUACCUAUUUUUGUUAGGAUCAGGCAUAUAUCUUUACUUUGAAUUUGUCUGCAGGUUGCAACCAUGUAUCAAAUGUAACCAGUAUCCAGUGUUCUUUAUAUGAUUUACGAUGAUGAAUAUGGUUAUAUUGUUCUCAAAAUGGUUAAAUGGGGUCCUUGUUUAAUGAUGAACCCUAAGACAACGAAAAUAAUUUCAUACCA